CUGAUGGAGAAUAAUACAAAAGUGACAGAGUUUCUUCUGCUGGGACUCACCAAUGACCCAGAAUUACAGCUUCCACUCUUCAUGAUAUUUCUCCUCAUUUACACCAUCACCCUGGUGGGAAAUCUGGGGCUGAUUCUACUGAUUGUUCUGGACUCUUGUCUCCACACUCCCAUGUACAUUUUUCUAGGUAAUCUGUCUUUGGUUGAUUUUUGUUACUCCUCAGCUAUCACACCCAGAGUCAUGACUGAGCUUCUAAUAGGAAAAAAGGUCAUUUCCUACAAUGACUGUGCUGCUCAGAUGUUCUUUUUUGUAGCAUUCUGUACUGUGGAAAAUUAUCUCUUGGCCUAUGAUCGCUAUGCAGCAGUGUGUAAGCCAUUGCACUAUGCCAGCACUAUGACUACAAGAGUAUGCAUCUAUCUUUCUAUAGGUUCUUAUUUGUGUGGUUUCCUGAAUGCCUCCAUCAACACUGGAAGCACUUUCAGUCUUUUCUUCUGUAGGUACAAUAUGGUUCAUCAUUUCUUCUGUGACAUUCCAGCAGUCAUGGUUCUCUCUUGCUCAGACAAGCACUUCAGUGAGCUGCUUCUUGUUUAUGUAGGGAGCUUCAGUGUAUUUUUUGCUCUCUUGGUUAUUUGUAUAUCCUACAUAUUCAUUUUUAUCACAAUUGCUAAAAUGCACUCAAGUGCUGGAUAUGGAAAGGCUGCAUCCACUUGUGCCUCACACUUCACUGCAGUGUCUAUUUUCUAUGGGACUGUCAUAUUCAUGUAUUUGCUGCCCAGCUCCAGUCACUCCAUGGACACUGAUCAAAUCGCUUCUGUGUUCUACACCAUGGUCAUCCCUAUGCUGAACCCUCUGGUCUACAGUCUGCGGAACAAAGAAGUCAAGAGUGCAUUCACAAAAAUUUUUCAGGUGGCAAAACAGUAUGUAAUGCUUUAUUUUUAA